CGUCAACCAACCGAACCAACUCAGUCGAUAAAAACGUUGGCGUCAGCGGCUAGCGUAUGACGCCAUUGAAAUAACGCGAAACGAAAACGACAAAAUACCGCCGAACCGAGUAAAAGCAUGGUAAAAGCAUGUUUUAACAGUGUGAGACAAGUUAAAGUAAGUGUAUUGUCAUGGAGAUAAAUAGAACAGUCCAGGCUAGCAUUCUGAUAUCUGAGGUUAAGAAGCAUCCCAUUUUGUAUGACGCUCGGGCGCAUUCGAGUUCGAAUGCUGAAAGGAAGCGGAAAGCCUGGGAGAUGAUAGCGGAGAAAAUAUGCGGCGAAAGUUGGGACGCUUACGACGAGUUAGACAAGGACUCCAUCGCCAAGGAGUUUCAAGUCAAAUGGAAACAUUUGAGGGAUAACUUCACGAGGAUAUUGAAAAAGGAAAAGAUGGGUAUCGCGAUGAAAAAGAAGUAUAUCUAUCAUGACCAAUUGUCCUUUAUUAAGCCCUAUAUUACCAGCAGACAUCAUAUCUCAAACAGUUUUUCUAAUGAUGAUGGAGAUAAUGUUAAAGAAGAAAUGGAUUAUAGCUCAGACGAAAGAGGAAAUUCCUCAAACAUCAUCUACAUCAACGAAACGGACGCAAACGAGGAGGUCAAAGAGACCUCCUCUCCCCCAUUCCAGACAUCCAUCACCGGCUCCAUAGGCACCUUGACGCCCGUCCAGCUCGUGCAGAUCAACCCUAACGCUGCGAAGGUCGAAAGCGCCACUGCGCAUGCUCCGAGCGCCAGCGCAGAAGCUUCGAGCUGCGCCAAGGCCGUCGAUUUGCUGGCGCGCAUCCAGCAAGAAGACAGGCAAGAUGACGCGAUGGGCAACAGGCGGUUUUUGUUGUCGCUGUUGCCUUUCAUGAGGAAGAUGACGGACGACGUCAAUUUGGAGGUUAGGAUGCAGCUGCUCAGUGUCGUACAUAAUUAUUCGCAGAAAAGUUAGGUUAUCAGAGUGGUGGGGGAGAAGACGGGGGGAAACUGUAAUGUCACACGCACGACGGGAAACAAGUAGGUCAUGGUGAAAUAGCGUUGGACAAAAUAGUGCUGCGAUGAAAUGGCGCUGCACAAAAUGGUGCUGGGAUGAAAUGGCGCUUAACAAAAUAGUGCUGCGUUGAAAAGGCGUUGCAAAAAUAGUGCUACAAUGAGAGGGUGCUGGACAAAAUAGUGUUGCAGUGAAAUGGCGCUAUGCAAGAUAAUGCGACAUAGCGCACAACGUAGUUGUCUGGGUAGUAUAGUACUAUGACGAAAUAACAUACAGAGUGGGCCUUUGAGAACGAAACAGAGGCUCUGUAGGUUGCCAAAACCGGAUUAUGAAAGCAAUCUGAAACACGUCAACUACAUUUUCGAGGGGGACAUCGUUCUAAAAUAUUUUCAGCCCUGCGGCGUUGCCGCUUCUAACAAAAAGAAGCAACAACUUUGUUAUUUCUAAUGGAAAACCUUGUAUUUCCUUGCGUUUUUA